GGCGGGGCAGCUCUAGGCGCGGGGGCCUGGCGAGUACCUUGUGGAGCGACCCCGGCCUGGCCGUGGCCAUCAUGGCCCCUACGCUGUUCCAGAAGCUCUUCAGCAAGAGGAGCGGUCUGGGCGCGCCCGGUCGGGACGCGAGGGACCCGGAUUGCGCGUUCAGUUGGCCUUUGCCAGAGUUUGAUCCAAGCCAAAUUCGACUAAUUGUAUAUCAAGACUGUGAAAGACGAGGGAGAAAUGUCUUGUUUGACUCCAGUGUUAAGAGAAAAAAUGAGGACAUAUCAGUAUCGAAGCUCUGUAGUGAUGCUCAAGUUAAAGUCUUUGGGAAAUGCUGCCAACUGAAACCUGGAGGAGACAGUUCUUCCUCUUUAGAUAGUUCCAUGACUUCAUCUUCUGAUGUAAAAGACCAGUGUCCUAAGUACCAGGGUUCUCGAUGCUCUUCUGAUGCCAAUAUGCUUGGAGAGAUGAUGUUUGGCUCAGUAGCAAUGAGCUACAAAGGCUCCACCUUAAAGAUUCAUCAGAUCCGUUCCCCUCCACAGCUUAUGCUCAGCAAAGUUUUUACUGCACGGACUGGCAGCAGCAUCUGUGGAAGUCUCAAUACGCUGCAAGACAGUCUUGAAUUCAUCAAUCAGGACAACAGUACAUUAAAGGCUGAUAAUAACACAGUUAUUAAUGGACUACUUGGAAAUAUAGGUCUUUCACAGUUCUGCAGCCCCAGGCGGGCAUUCUCUGAACAGGGUCCGCUCCGCCUGAUCAGGAGCGCCUCUUUCUUUGCAGUUCACAGCAACCCAAUGGACAUGCCUGGAAGAGAGCUGAAUGAGGACAGAGACAGUGGCAUAGCACGCUCUGCAUCUCUCAGCAGCUUGCUUAUUACACCAUUUCCCUCUCCAAACUCCUCACUUACCCGAAGUUGUGCCAGCAGCUACCAGCGACGCUGGCGACGUAGCCAAACAACAAGUUUGGAGAAUGGGGUGUUUCCUAGAUGGUCUAUAGAAGAAAGCUUUAAUCUGUCAGAGGAGAGCUGUGGCCCUAACCCAGGGAUUGUGAGGAAAAAGAAGAUUGCAAUUGGGGUAAUCUUUUCAUUAUCCAAAGAUGAAGAUGAAAGUAACAAAUUUAAUGAAUUCUUUUUUUCACAUUUUCCUCUGUUUGAAAGCCACAUGAACAAAUUAAAGAGUGCAAUAGAACAGGCUAUGAAAAUGAGCCGGAGAUCAGCUGAUGCCAGUCAGAGGAGUUUGGCAUAUAAUCGAAUAGUUGAUGCCCUAAAUGAAUUCAGAACAACAAUUUGUAAUCUUUACACAAUGCCACGAAUUGGAGAGCCUGUCUGGCUUACAAUGAUGUCGGGGACUCCAGAAAAGAACCAGCUUUGCCAUCGUUUCAUGAAGGAGUUCACUUUUCUAAUGGAAAAUGCUUCCAAAAAUCAAUUCUUGCCAGCACUCAUUACUGCAGUUCUGACCAAUCAUCUUGCCUGGGUUCCAACAGUCAUGCCAAAUGGACAACCACCUAUAAAAAUAUUUUUAGAAAAACAUUCCUCUCAGAGUGUGGACAUGUUGGCAAAGACUCAUCCGUAUAACCCACUUUGGGCACAACUGGGAGACUUGUAUGGCGCUAUUGGCUCUCCUGUACGGUUAGCAAGGACUGUGGUAGUUGGUAAACGACAAGACAUGGUCCAGAGGCUGCUUUAUUUUCUUACUUACUUCAUAAGAUGCUCUGAACUUCAAGAAACCCAUCUUUUAGAAAAUGGAGACGAUGAAGCCAUUGUUAUGCCAGGCACAGUAAUUACUACCACUUUAGAGAAAGGUGAAAUCGAAGAAUCUGAGUAUGUGCUUAUCACAAUGCAUAGAAACAAAAACAGUUUGCUCUUUAAAGAGUCAGAAGAAACAAGGACUCCUAAUUGUAACUGUAAAUAUUGCAGUCGUCCACUCCUUGGGCAAAAUAUAGAGAAUGUUUUGCGACAAGAGAGAGAAGAUAUGCAAAACAGCUCUAAGGAGCUGCUAGGAAAUUCAAACGAGUGCCGAAUGAUUUCUCCUUCUUCUGACUGCCAAGAAGAAAAUGCUGUUGAUGUUAAACAGUGCAGAGAUAGAUUAAGAACUUGCCUUGACACCAAGUUAGAAACAGUUGUUUGCACAGGAUCUGCUCCAGUGGACAGAUGUGCAUUGUCAAAGUCAAGCUUAGAGCCUGCAGAGGAAUCAUGGCAGAGUGAGGAAUUGCUAGAUUCAGGUAAUCACACAGGUAAAGUGUUCAGAUCCACAGGAAUGGUUGUGGAAAAAAAACCUCCAGAUAAACUUGUGACAGCUGCAUUUUCUUGUGAGGCAACCCAGACAAAGGUUACUUUCUUGAUUGGGGAUUCUAUGUCACCCGACUCAGAUACUGAACUCCGGAGUCAGGCAGUAGUGGAUCAGAUUACCAGGCAUCACACCAAAUCACCGAAGGAAGAAAGAGGGGCUGUUGAUCAGCAUCAAGAAACUGCACAAACAACUAAAUCUGGAGAGCCUGAUAUACCGAACAUGGUAUCUGGAGAACCCUGUGAACUUCCCUGCUGGAAUCAUUCAGACCCCGAAAGCAUGAGCUUAUUUGAUGAAUAUUUUAAUGAUGAUUCAAUUGAAACCAGGACUAUUGAUGAUAUUCCAGUUAAAACAAGUACAGACAGUAAAGAACACUGCUGUAUGUUAGAGUUUUCAAAAAGAUUUUAUACAAAAAAUAGCAAACAGAACAAUGAAUUUUGCAAAUGUGUAGGAACAGUUCACCAAGAUUCAUGUAAAACCUGCUUUCCUCAGCAAGACCAAAGAGAUACACUCUCCAUUCUUGUCCCCCAUGGGGAUAAAGAGAGUUCAGAGAAAAAAGUUGCUGUGGGAGCUGAAUGGGACAUUCCAAGAAAUGAAAGUUCAGAUAGUGCCCUUGGGGAUAGUGAAAGUGAAGAUACAGGUCAUGAUGUGACUAGACAAGUAAGCAGUUAUUAUGGAGGAGAGCAAGAAGAUUGGGCAGAAGAAGAUGAGAUACCUUUUCCUGGGUCAAAGUUAAUUGAAGUGAGUGCUGUUCAGCCCAAUAUUGCCAACUUUGGGAGGUCCUUGCUGGGUGGCUACUGCUCUUCUUAUGUGCCUGACUUUGUUCUUCAAGGAAUUGGGAAUGAUGAGAGGCUCCGUCAGUGUUUAGUGUCAGAUUUGUCUCAUGCUGUGCAGCAUCCAGUAUUGGAUGAACCAAUAGCAGAAGCUGUCUGUAUUAUAGCAGAUAUGGAUAAAUGGACUGUUCAAGUGGCCAGUAGCCAGAGACGAAUGACAGAUAAUAAAUUGGGAAAGGAAGUGUUGGUUUCCAGUCUUGUUUCCAAUUUGCUUCAUUCCACUCUUCAGCUUUAUAAGCAUAACUUGUCUCCAAAUUUUUGUGUAAUGCAUCUUGAAGACCGGUUACAGGAGCUAUACUUCAAGAGCAAAAUGCUGUCUGAGUACCUGAGGGGGCAGAUGCGUGUUCAUGUCAAGGAGCUGGGAGUGGUUUUAGGGAUUGAAUCCAGUGAUCUUCCUCUUCUGGCUGCUGUAGCAAGCACUCACUCUCCAUAUGUUGCUCAGAUACUACUUUAACAGAAAGGCUGUUGGAAAUUAACUUUGGUGGAAAGUUAAGUAGAAACCAAGGAAGCAGUCACAACAUGCAUUUAUGGCAAUUUUUUUUCUCUGUCAGACCUUCAUCUGAAUGAGUCAGUCACCUGGGUGGGUAUUCUGCAUUGCAGUGCAUAUUGUGUCAUCACUGGAUGGCUUUUUCAUUUUGAUUGGACUUCUGGAUGGUGGCAGAUUUUUAACCAAGUGAAACUAAAAACAGCAUUUGGGGGGAAAGCAUUUGAAGAAGCCAAAGUGUAACUUCGACGUUUCUACAAAAUGAAUAACAUCGAGGAAUUUCAUUAUGAUCACUACAGUGUUGCCACAACCCAUAAGUAGGAGGAAUGGAUAUCUCAUGAUUAAAUGGCUCAGACAGAGUCAUUUCAUUAGUUUUAAUUCUUUAUUUCUAAGGUACAAAGAUCUAUGGAACUU